CUGUCAUUUUGGUUUCACUACUUGAAGCGGUAGGUUGUGUAAAGUCGUUUUGUCCGUGUGAAUAUAGUAGGAAGAAAUUACACGCAUUCCAACUUUUGUGGUUCUAAACUAAAAGUGAAUCAUGUCGGACACGAUGGAAAAACGAAAGAUUCAUGAACUGCGAGUCGUGGAUCUCAAGCAGGAACUGGAAAAACGUGGCAAAGAUGGAAAUGGAGUGAAAAAUGUGCUGCUCGAGAGACUGACUCAGGCUCUGAAGGAUGAAAAACACAAUCCUGAAACGUACGAGUUCGAGAUUGCGAUCACGGGAAAAACUCCUGCCAAGAAGGCUAAACCCGGAACUGGAAAUGAUGCCGAUGCAAAUGGCACCGACGACGCAGACGUGGUGAUAGUGGAGGAUGAUAUAAAAAAGGAGAAGGAGGAGCCGAAAAGCGAGCCUAAAUCUGCGGCGACUACUAAUGGCAAAGAGGACGCAAAGGAAGCGGACAAUGAAGACUCGCUCAACUUGACCAUCGGCGAAGAGGAUGAGAAAUUGCUUCACGACGAUAGCAACAUCGAGAGCGAUAAGAAAGGAGCUGAUGCUGAGAAAGGAACGGAAAAUAAAAAAUCUGAGGUUAAAUCCACCAAUGACGAUAAAAAGGGUGACACUAAGAGCGACAAGACGGCAACAUCGAAGGAUCAAGAGAGUGGCGGCAAGUCAUCAUCCAGUUCUGCAAAACCCAUCGAUUCCAAGUCAAAAACAUCGCCGAGUUCAAGCGAAAAGUCCCCCUCAACGGUGUCCCGCAAUCUCUGGGUAUCAGGACUGUCAUCGUUGACCCGGGCGACCGAUCUGAAGUUGAUUUUCUCUAAGUACGGUAAAGUGAUCGGAGCAAAGGUGGUCACGAAUACUCGUACCCCGGGAAGUCGCUGCUAUGGUUACGUGACGAUGGCAUCAGCAAAAGACGCAACGGAGUGUAUUACUAAUCUACAUCGAACCGAAUUACAUGGGGGUAUGAUCUCGGUCGAGCGAGCAAAGUCGGAUCUAGGGCCAGCCAAACCCGCCGGAAGUAGCGGCGAUGCCAAGACGUCACCAACAAAAGCAACCACCACUUUGGAGGGAGUUGCUGAUAGUGGCAAAGUCAAGGAAAAAGACGAAAAGAAGAAGGACGACGACAACGGCAGAUCGAAUGGCGGCGACCGUCACAGGUCACAUCACAGAAGCAGAUCUCAGUACCGUGGCAGAUCGCCUGCGCGAGGAAGGUCUCCGAAUCGCGGUAAAUCGCAGAUUCGUGGAAGGAGUCAAUUUAGAGAUGAAAAAGCUAAAGAUGACACUGAAAAUGACAAAAAUGCUAUUGCUAAGAAAGACGAGCCACGUGAUCGCCGUGAACGAGAUGGAGAUCGUCGAGAUCCACAGCGCAGUCGCGAUAGGGAGCGUGAGGUUCUAUCCUUACAGAAAAUACGCGAAGAACGCGACCGUCAACGGCUGCGGGAAAAGGAACGCCAGCUGCGUGAGGAGGACCGACGACGCCGGGAGAUGCGUGCUCGCCAGCGCGAGGAAGAAGCGAUGCUGCGACGCGAACGGGAGAAGCUAGCCAUUGAACGGGCUCGCAUUGAAAAGGAAAAGGCCGAUCUGCUGCGUAUUGAACGCGAGCGCCAGAAGCUGGAACGCGAGAAGAUUGAACUCGAACGUCUGGAACUGAAGCGCCAGCAAAGGAAGAUUGAAGAGGCUAAACGGAACCUAAAGCGGCCAUCCACAGACCAUGCGCACUUUGAUGAAGAUCGAAAACGUUCGGCAACAUCGGGACGGUUCGAAGCACCUCCGCCACCGUCAAUUUCAGCUUCAGGUCGUGGAUCCUACCCAGCAACUGGGGACAAAAAGCGUCCGGAUGACUACCCCUCGAAACGGGAUGAUUACAAAUCGCGCGAUGACUACAAACCACGCGCGGUUGACGAUUUUCGUCGAGCGGAUAAUUUCAAGCGUAACGGAGGUGGUGUGAUCGAUGAUUAUAAACGAGAUCUUGAUAGAGCGUUACCGGCGAUAGACAGCCGCUAUCAGGACCAGCGCACCAGCAGUUCCGGUAAUGUUGGCGACUAUCGUGGAAACGUUGGUCCUCGUGACGAUCGAGAUCGAAACGGGCCGACCCAGAAGUCACGCUAUUUGGAGGCGGUUGACAGCCGUUACAAUGACCGCUCCGGAGGCGGUGGUGGUGGUGGUAGUGGACCAUGGCACAACAACGCCGCACCCCUUCAGAUGAGCAUGGCAGCGGCAAUCAACAAUGAUGGCUGGCGUAUGGAUAAUGGCCAGGACAGGUACGAUCGCACCUACAAUGAAAGGAAAGCUCCGCAAAUGAACGCCGGCCCAUUUAUGGAUCCCAUCCGACAAAGUCAGUUCAUGGGAGGUGGCGGCGGUGGACGUCCACAAGAUCGGUACAACGCUGCUGUAUCGGGACGCUUUGACAGUGGACGAUACUAAUAAGGAAUACACUGCAACAGUGUAUAUUGAAUCAUGCUAAUGCGUACCAUGAGUAGUAUGCUUGGCCGUUAGAACUGGACCUGAAUAGUUCGCGCACGAACAUACUUUAGCUUCAGUUCAAAGUAGUAUAAGUUAUAUACAAAGCUAGGUCGAGAAUGUGAUGGUAUUGGAAAUUGCAACAGUACGGCUUGCUUAAAACGAGGAAAUCCACAAUAAUUGUAGUCAUCUACGAUCAUUACUAUGGCCUCUCGACUGUCAUUGAUGUGUUGUUUGAUUGAUGUAAUAUUUCCCUUUAGUCAUAAUUAUCAUACUAAGACAUGGUAGAAAUUAAUACAAGAGUAACAAUAGAA